AUGGGACCAACAAAACUUGCAUAUUGCGAGCUUUACGAUCUUCGCGAUGGUACAUAUACUCUUUCAGUUAGACCUUCUGAAAUUGGAAAACAUACGCUGGUUGUGAAAUAUUCGGAUGAACAGGUGCCAGGAAGUCCAUUUGUUUUUAAUGUUUCCUAUCCACCAGAUGCAUCCAAAGUACGUGUAUAUGGACCUGGAAUUGAGCAUGGAAUACUUUCCACGUUUAAAUCAAAUUUCGUUGUUGAAACGAAAGGUGCCGGAGCAGGACAGCUUACAGUACGUGUUCGUGGACCAAAAGGAGCAUUCAAUGUUGAAAUGCAACGAGAAAAAAAGCAAGAACGAACAAUUCAUUGCAAAUAUGAACCAAAGGAACCAGGAGAUUAUCAGGUGGAAGUUAAAUGGCAUGGUGAACAUGUUCCGGGAUCACCAUUUCUGGUAAUGAUUGUUGAUACGGAACAAGAAUUACAGCGAUUCCUAUGUGGUGAUGCACCAUCACCACAACCAGCAACUCCAUUUAUACCACCUGGUUGGAUUGGUACACCACCACCACCACCAUUAUUUCUUGGUGGACCUCCACCACGUGGUCCAUAUCUUCAGCCUCAUGCUGCCGUACUUCCUUUACCAUCACCAACCAUUCAGGGAACACCGUUGACAGGAGCGCAUGGAUCCUUAAUGCCAUAUGGAACGAUGCCACAACCACCGCAUGCAAUGCGUACCGUAAUACGACCUAGGUUUAUGAGCGGUUAUUGA